CUGCCUCACAUCCACGCUCACCGUCCUCCUGCCGGGUUCUCCUGCCGGGUUCUCCUGCUGGUUCUGCCUCCGGUUCUGCCUCCGGUUCCGACAUGUUCAGGUUCCCCUUUCCGUCCCUCUGGCAGCAGAAGGAGAAUCGGGUCAUAAUGCUGGAGCCGCAGCAGCUUUCCCAGAACCAACCCUGCAGUGAAGAUGAGACCAUGGUCCCGGUACUAACGUCCAGAAAAGCCAGUGAACUCCCGGUUAACGAAGCAGCGUGCAUCCUGCAGGCUGACCUGCAGUCGGGGCUGAGCCAGGAGGAGGUGAGCCGCCGGAGGGUUUACCACGGCUGGAACGAGUUCGACAUCAGCGAAGACGAGCCGCUAUGGAGGAAGUACAUGUCUCAGUUCAAAGAUCCUCUCAUCCUGCUGCUGCUCGCCUCGGCUGUCAUCAGCGUCAUCAUGCACCAGUUCGAUGACGCCAUCAGCAUCACCGUGGCCAUCAUCAUCGUGGUGACGGUCGCCUUCGUGCAGGAGUACCGCUCAGAGAAGUCUCUGGAGGAGCUGGGGAAGCUGAUGCCUCCAGAAUGUCACUGCAUCCGGGACGGACACCUGGAGCACCUCCUGGCCCGGGAGCUGGUUCCUGGGGACACGGUGUGCCUGUCGGUGGGGGAGCGGGUCCCUGCGGACCUCCGCCUGGUCGAGGCCAGCGACCUCUCCAUCGAUGAGUCCAGUCUGACGGGGGAGACCCACCCCAGCACCAAGACCACCGCCCCCCAGCCGGCCUCCUCCAACGGAGACAUCUCCUCCCGCAGCAACGUGGCCUUCAUGGGAACGCUGGUCCGCUGCGGCAAAGCCAAGGGCAUCGUCAUAGGAACCGGAGAGAACUCAGAGUUUGGGGAGGUGUUUAAGAUGAUGCAGGCCGAGGAGGCUCCUAAGACUCCUCUGCAGAAGAGCAUGGACCUGCUGGGGAAGCAGCUGUCGCUCUACUCCUUCGGCAUCAUCGGCGUCAUCAUGCUGGUGGGCUGGCUGCAGGGCAAGAGGAUCCUGGACAUGUUCACCAUCGGCGUCAGCUUGGCGGUGGCCGCCAUCCCAGAGGGCCUCCCCAUCGUGGUGACGGUGACGCUGGCGCUGGGCGUGAUGCGCAUGGUGAAGAAGAGGGCCAUCGUGAAGAAGCUGCCCAUCGUGGAGACUCUGGGCUGCUGCAACGUGAUCUGCUCAGACAAGACGGGAACGCUGACCAAGAACGAGAUGACGGUGACGCAGGUGUUCACGUCAGACGGGCUCCACGCCGAGGUGACAGGCGUGGGCUACAACGGGGUGGGAGAGGUGUUGCUGGAUGGAGAGAUGGUCCACGGUUUCUCCUGCCCGUCCAUCAGUAAAGUCGUGGAGGUGGGCUGUGUGUGCAACGACUCGGUGAUCAGGAACCAGAACCUGCUGGGUCGACCCACAGAGGGAGCGCUCAUCGCCCUGGCCAUGAAGAUGGGCCUGGAGGGCGUGCAGAAGGAGUACGUCCGUCUGGAGGAGCAGCCCUUCACCUCGGAGCAGAAGUGGAUGGCUGUGCGCUGCGUUCACCGCACGCAGCAGGACAAGACGGGGGUUUACUUCGUGAAGGGGGCCUACGAGCAGGUGAUCCGGUUCUGCAGCUCCUACAACAGCAGAGGGUCUGCGCUGCCUCUGAACCACCAGCAGAGGGAGCUCUACCAGCAGCAGAUCAGCUACAUGGGCUCCUCCGGGCUCAGAGUGCUGGGCUUCGCCUCGGGGUCUCAGAUGGGAAGCCUGACCUUCCUGGGUCUGGUGGGAAUCAUCGAUCCUCCCAGAGAAGGAGUGAAGGAGGCCGUCGCCACGCUCAUCAACUCUGGCGUCGCCAUCAAGAUGAUCACCGGGGACUCCCAGGAGACGGCCGUGUCUAUAGCGAGCCGACUGGGUCUCUACUCCAAGGGCUGCCAGUGUCUGUCAGGAGAGGAGGUGGACCAUCUGGACCUGCAGGAGCUCUCCAACGUGGUUUCCACGAUCGCCGUGUUCUACCGGGCCAGUCCCCGACACAAGCUGAAGAUCGUCAAGUCGCUGCAGAACCUCGGCGCCGUGGUGGCCAUGACGGGCGACGGCGUGAACGACGCCGUGGCCCUGAAGGCGGCUGACAUCGGCGUGGCGAUGGGCCAGACGGGCACCGACGUCUGCAAGGAGGCGGCGGACAUGAUCCUGGUGGAUGACGACUUCCAGACCAUCAUGUCGGCCAUCGAGGAAGGAAAAGGGAUUUACAACAACAUCAAGAACUUUGUCCGCUUCCAGCUGAGCACGAGCAUCGCAGCGCUGACGCUCAUCUCUUUGGCUACGCUGAUGAACUUCCCGAACCCUCUGAACGCCAUGCAGAUCCUGUGGAUCAACAUCAUCAUGGACGGCCCGCCUGCACAGAGUUUGGGGGUGGAGCCUGUGGACCGUGAUGUCAUCAGGAAGCCUCCUCGUAACGUGAAGGACAGCAUCCUCACCCGCGGCCUGCUGGUUAAAGUUCUGGUGUCGGCGUUCAUCAUCGUCUGUGGGACGCUGUUUGUCUUCUGGAGGGAGUUGCAGGACAACGUGAUCACUCCUCGAGACACCACCAUGACCUUCACCUGCUUCGUCUUCUUCGACAUGUUCAACGCUCUGAGCUCCCGCUCUCAGACUCGUAUGGUCCAUGAAAUGGGUCUGUGCAGCAACAGGACCUUCUGCUUUGCCGUCCUGGCCUCCAUCAUGGGGCAGCUGCUCGUCAUCUACUUCCCUCCUCUACAGAGCGUCUUCCAGACGGAGAGCCUCAGCAUCCUGGACCUGCUCUUCCUGCUCAGCCUCACCUCCUCCGUCUGCGUCGUCUCGGAGGUCAUCAAGAAGUUGGAGCGGUGCCGAGGGGCCGAGCGCCGCCCCCCCACCGACUGCUCCCUGGAGGUAUGACCCCGCCCCCUCCCCCUCCCAGCUGAUUGGAGGAGGGCCGCGCCUGGGGGACUCACCUGGCAGCACUGACACUUUUCCUGUGAGCUCCUCAGACGGACCGUCGGGUCCGGUUCUGGACCGGUUCUGACCGGACGGCGGCGUCAGAGGCCGCUUUGCUUUCAAGGCGUUGGGUUCUGUGCAGCAGGCAGGGAGGUGUAACCGUCCGGUUUGGACUCUAAAGCGACCCGGUUUAUUUUCUUUAAAGGAACAUUCCUCUCGGAUCGGAACCACGGCCGGACAGACAGGCGGAGUGUUUGUAGCUGAAAUAAAACGUUUCCUGCACUAAAUUUGUUUAAAUCUGGUUCUAAGCUCAGCGACGCGGGCCGGACCGCAAGCUGCUCCGAAUCAGAACCAGUCUGAAGAACAACCUCUGGACCUUCUGGACCUCCCAGACGUUUCCUCCCUGUGGGUCCGAGUCUCAAAGCCUUAAAGUCCGAAUCGUGGCAGAGAAAACGUUGCUGCAGCCCCCAGGGUUCCGAUUCUGGUCCCAGGCCCGGUUCCAUGGAGGCCCGGCUCCUCGGAGGCCCGGUUCCUCACAAAUAUCCGAGCUUUAUUUUCUGGUUGGGUUUUCUGCUGCUCUGCUGGUUCUGUCCCUGCAGCAUAAUCACAUCGGUGACACUAAGGUGGGAACCAGAACCAGAACCGGAUUCCCAGUGUCACGUGGUACAGUUACACCUCCUCUGGACUGAGCUGGUUCCUGUUCUGCUCACGCUGACCCGUUUAGUCUAAAGAACUCUGGGUUCAGGUGUUUCCAGCAUUCCCAUCAAAAGUUCUGUUCUGAGCUUAAGUUCUGAUGCCAAACAUGCGGUUCUGCAGGGUCCAAACAGCAACGAUUCCCACCAACGCUUCCUCAUCUGGUGCCUUAGAGAAGCCAUGGAUGGUUUAAAGAUCUCCUGAUGUUUCCCUCCUGCUUCCCCCCUGCGGUCCAAGAGGAGACGCCCCGGGGCAUUCUGGGUAAUCUGGGGCUCUCUGUGCGGUUUUAUUUAUUUCUGGAACGUCUCUGCUGCUGUUUCCCAAACAAAGACCAUCGGUUCUCUCGCUGCCGGCUCCAUGUUCUACCUGUUGGUUCCUGAGGUUCCUUCUACUGAACGGUUCUGAUGAUUCCCACAGAAUCUGGGUUUACUUUUAGUUUUUCUAGUUUUGAUCCUUUUAAUAUUUUUAUGAUCACGUAUAAAAAGCCAGAAGAAAUGUUUAAUUUAUAAAUGAAAUAUUGAUGUGGGACUUAUUUUUAUCAUGUCUGGUCUCACUGGAGGACUUUGUGGAGGGAUUAAAUAAAAAUCUAAGAAAAAUU